AAAUGCACGCAGCUUUCGCGCGGUUUAAAGCCUUUCCAUCUCCAACCGCCCUCCCGUUCCUCCUCCCCCGCGCCGCCUGCUUCCGUUGAGCCGGUCUCCUUCCCUUGCCGCCUAGCCUUCCUGGACCAUCCACCUAACCUGACCCCCGAGAAAUCAACACAUCGUACGAAUCAGUCCAGGAAAGCGAGCAGAGAGUACCAUGUCUGGGUCCGUGGCCAAGCCCACCUCGCCGGUGCAGCUUCCGGUCCGGACGAUUUGAGCAGAGUUGAGUGACGGCUGCAAGAACGAGCAGGAGGGGGAGGGAGGUUGCGGGGUAGUAAGUAUGGCGCUGUGGCUGAAGCUGCUCCUGUCGGUGCUUCUACCGAUCGCGGCGCUGCUCGCCGUCGCCUUUUUUGUUUACCGGCGGCGGGGUUCCCCGCGUAACGCGCCGCCGGAGCUGCCGGAGACUGUGGGCGGUGGCGGUGGAGUGGUGGGGGUUGGAGGAGGAGGGGAUACGGCGGCGAGCCCCGGGUUGGGGAAGUUGAAUAUCAGGUACAACGCCACCAGCGGCCGCGCGGGGCUCCGGUUCCAGCAGUUGCACCACCACCACCAUCAUCACCAUGCGCAUGUUGAUGGGAGGCACCACCGGGGCGGCGGCGCGCAGCAGGGGUCGUUCCAGUGGGCGGACCACCCGAGGCUGGUGACGGAGGCGGCGGAGAACGGGUGGGCGCAGUUCGUGUUCGCGGUGGCGCCGCCGCGGACGAGGUCGGCGUCGUCGUCGCCGCUGUGGGGGCUCUGCCCGGCCUGCGACUCCGGGACGAGCAUCGACAUGGCGGACGCCGCGUGGGAGGUGCCCGCUGGUUCGUCGGAGCGGAUGCAGGCGGUGCGGCUUAACCCGGUGACCGCGGCGGCCGUCUCGGCGUCGUCCACCAAGAAGUGGCUCCCCGGUAGCAUCCCGAGCCCGCUCCGCGGCGGAGACCAGGAUGCCGGCAACAGCAACGCCCUGUGCCUCGCCAGGAUGAGCCUGCCGCUGCCCGGCCCGCUGCUCGCCGGCGCUCCGUUCCCGCAGGACGCCUACUUCGAGAUCACCAUCAUCUACCUCAACACGCGGCGGCCGGAGUGGUCAGCGUCGAGGGCGAGCAGGCGCGGCAGGGACGGCUCCAGCGAGAGCGACCGCGUCAAGCUCAUCAGCUUUGUACCGGACGCCAAGAACGCGGCCCAAGAAACCAGAGCCGCCACGAAAGCCGACGAUCACCAAGACAAGCAGAGGCACACGGUCAUGUCAAUGGGCCUCGCCGCCGCAUCCGCGCCGUCACGUCCGUCGCUGGCCGGAACGUACGCCUCGUCCAUCGGCUUCCACUCCAACGGCGCGGUCUACCUCGACGGGAUGAAGCUGGUGUACGAGUCGGAGAAGUCGUCGUGGGCGGGCGUGGACAAGGUGGUGGGCUGCGGCUUCGAGCCGGCGAAGCGGAAGGUGUUCUUCACGGUGGACGGGCAGCUCGUCCACGCCGUGAGCUGCAACGCCGACGCGUUCUCGAGCCCGAUGUACCCGGUGCUGGCCUCCAGCUUCGACGUGAUGGCGCUGGUCAACCUCGGGCAGGGCAAGUUCCGGUACGCGCCGGCCAACGCGCGGCGCACGGCGAACCCGUGCUUCCUCCGCGACGCCACGUCGGCCGGGGACGACGCCCCCCCGAGCGGCGGCUCCAUCGGCCUCGACUUCGACGACAGCGGCGACCUCUUCUCCAUGGGCCGCGUCGACUCCGGCUGGCUGGAGACGGCCUCGCGGAUAAGCAAGAGCAGGAAGGACAACGGCGGCGGCGGCCUCAGCAGCGCGUCGGCCGGCGACCCGGACGCCGACUCCGACCUGUUCGAGAUCUCACUACGAGACUGACACGCACCGAUGAGAGGGACAGGUGGCUCAGCUCGUCAACCUGGAAUUAGAGGCAGUAAUGGCGAUUCUGACAACAUGCUUAGGAGUUAGACAUCGCGGCUGCAGGUUUUCCCAUGGAUGUUUGUAUCUUCUAGAUGUUGUUAGUUGUUAUCUAGAUGUAAACAUGUAAAAAUAGGGUCAAAAGAUUAAAAGGAUGGAAAAGCUUGUCUUUUGUAAUGAGCUUCUGAUUCG